UCUGUCUGUAGCAGCACAGUAAGCGCAGGAAGGAGGCAGGGCUGGCGCUUUUCCUUUGCCUGUUUCACCAUCGCAAUUUGCUGAAUCACACAAACUCUUCCGCAUCGUCAAAACUUUGAAGACAGAUCGCAGUGGAUUUCGGUCCGUGGAUACACAACGCGACAUUUCCCCGCCGUCAGACAGAGAAGGUGUCCCCUUCCGCGCAACUCUUCAUGGCGAAAAGACCUUUCUUUUUCACUUCUGCCUUCUGUCACCUACGGGACCACCGCUCGCGAGACACAAGCCUUUAAAAGUUUGCCUUUCAUGUGAAUGUACAGGACUCAUCUGAGAAAUGAAGCUCAGCAGACAGUUCACCGUUUUUGGCAUUGCCAUAUUCUGUGUUGUGGUAUUUUCCUUGUACCUGAUGUUGGAUCACAUAGAUCACAGCAAAAACCCGAAUGGAGAGAGAAUUCAAAACGGCCAGCUUGGUAUUCUGCAGGACAAAAUAGACCACUUAGAAAGACUACUUGCAGAGAACAAUGAGAUCAUUGCCAACAUCAGGGACUCUGUAAUUAACCUGAGGGAAACUGUGAAAGAUGGGAAAAUGUUUCCUGAAGGGAACAUGAGUCAGGGGAAUGUGGAAUUGCUGCCCCCUGCUCCUGCGCUGCUCCCCAUCCACUCAGAGGACUGCCAGUUUGCAGCACAGACAUACUCCAAGGCAGCAGAUGGAGUACAGAUGCUGGAUGUUUAUGAUUUACUCAGCUUUGAUAACCCUGAUGGUGGAGUAUGGAAACAAGGCUUUGAUAUCUCUUAUCAGGACAAUGAAUGGGACAAUGAGCCACUCCAAGUCUUUGUUGUGCCCCAUUCACAUAAUGACCCCGGCUGGCUGAAGACAUUCGAUGACUACUAUCGAGACCAGACGCAACACAUUCUCAACAACAUGGUGGUGAAAUUACACGAAGACAGUCGGCGAAAAAUGAUCUGGUCUGAGAUCUCGUAUUUUUCAAAAUGGUGGGACAGCAUCGAUGAGCAGAAACGAGAUGCUGUCAGGAGGCUGAUAGAGAGCGGUCAGCUCGAGGUGGCUACAGGAGGCUGGGUGAUGCCUGACGAAGCCAGCUCUCACUACUUUGCAUUGAUAGAUCAGUUAGUUGAAGGUCACCAGUGGUUGGAGAUAAAUUUGGGAGUGAAACCCAAGACUGGCUGGGCUGUGGAUCCGUUCGGUCACACUCCUACCCAUGCUUACCUGCUCAGACAAGCCGGUCUAUCUAACAUGCUGAUCCAGAGAGUGCACUACUCAGUGAAGAAACACUUUGCCUCUCAGAAGACCCUGGAGUUCUUCUGGAGACAGAACUGGGAUCAGGACUCGAGUUCAGACAUUUUGUGUCACAUGAUGCCAUUCUACAGCUACGAUGUUCCCCAUACAUGUGGUCCUGACCCAAAAAUCUGCUGCCAGUUUGACUUUAAAAGGCUGCCGGGAGGAAGAAUCAGCUGUCCGUGGAGAAUUCCUCCUCAGGCUAUCACAGAUAACAACAUACAGGAGAGAGUUCAGACGCUGCUGGACCAGUACAGGAAGAAAUCCAAACUUUUUCGGACCAAUGUGCUGCUGGCUCCACUUGGAGAUGAUUUCCGUUACGCUGAAGCUGUCGAAUGGGACCAACAGUUUGAAAACUACCAGAAACUCUUCGACUACAUGAAUUCUCACCCUGAGCUUCAUGUCCAGGCCCAAUUUGGAACUAUUUCAGAUUAUUUCGAGGCCUUGCGUAAAAGCACUGGCAUGGAUCCGGUUGGCAUGAAUGUUGGGCAGUUGGCUUUGCCUGUGCUAAGUGGAGACUUUUUCACUUACGCGGAUCGAGACGACCACUACUGGAGUGGAUACUUCACCUCACGGCCGUUCUAUAAACGCCUGGACAGAGUGCUGGAAUCACACCUCCGGGCAGCUGAGGUCCUCUACUCUCUGACCUUGGCCAACAUUCAGAAGUACGGCCAGCCCAGUGAUUACCCUGCAGUGGAUAAUUACAAGUUACUGACAGAAGCCAGACGCAAUCUAGGUCUCUUCCAGCAUCAUGAUGCCAUCACGGGCACGGGCAAAGACUGGGUGGUUGUGGACUAUGGAACAAGGUUGUUUCACUCUAUUCUGAAUGUGAAGCGAGUGAUUGUGAGCUCAGCUCACUGGUUGGUGCUCAAGGACAAACCAGCAUACUACCAUGAUCCUUCAAAUCCCUUUCUUCAAAUGGAUGACGUUCAGCCAUCCCAAGAUGCCUUACCUCGCAAAACUAUUCUUGAAGUUGGUGAAAAACCAAGGUUGUUGGUGGUUUACAACCCCACAGAGCAAGCCAGGACAUCCAUGGUUACAGUAUACGUGACUACUCCUAAAGUGCGUGUGCUUAAUGCUCUUGGUCAUGUGGUCCGUGCUCAAGUCAGUGCAGUGUGGAAUGAUGCCAGUCAUGCUGCUACCGACGUCUUUCAGUUGUCGUUUGUGGCUCAAGCUGCUCCUCUGGGUCUGAGCGUGUAUCAGCUGAUGGAAGGAAUGGAGCCAAGGACAGAAGCUGCUAAGUACAUGUUUCUUCAGGAUGGCGGGCAGAUUUCAGUCAGUAAACUGGAGCAUUUCCCACAGUUCUACCAACAAGAUGCGGCUCCUGUGCACAUUGAAAACCCUCACCUGAAACUCUCCAUCUCUACAGCUACAGGUCUUUUAGAGAAAAUGAGGUUGAAGGAGGAUGACGCGGAGUUUCUGGUCAAGGUGGAGUUUGUUUGGUACGGCACCACCAGCAAUAAAGACAAGAGCGGCGCCUACCUGUUCCUGCCUGACAAAGAAGCAACAAUUUACUCUCCCUCUCAGCCGCCGGUGGUACGAGUCACUAAAGGACUGCUGUUUUCUGAAGUCACCACUACCUUCACACAAAUCACACACACUCUUCGGCUCUACAACAUCCACGGUGUAGAGGGUCAGUCUGUUGAGCUCUGUAACACCGUAGAUAUAAGAGGCGAAAUCAACCAUGAAAUUGCAAUGAGGAUAACCUCAGAUCUGAACAGCAAAGAUCGAUUCUUUACUGACCUCAAUGGCUACCAGGUGCAGCCGAGGAAAACCAUGGCUAAGCUCCCCCUUCAGGCAAACUUCUACCCCAUGACCAGCAUGGUCUACCUGCAGGACUCCAGCGCCAGACUCUCUCUACUCACUGCACAGUCACUCGGAGCGGCCAGCCUCAAGAGCGGUCAGCUGGAGGUGAUUAUGGACCGCAGGCUCAAUCAGGAUGAUAAUCGAGGUUUAGGCCAGGGAGUGCUGGACAAUAAGAUCACUGCCAACUCCUUCCGCCUACUACUGGAGAAGAGGAGCUCUGCGGAGGAGGUAAUCAGGAUGGAGAAAUGAUUGAGCUAAAGAAGAAAAAAAAAACAUACAUCCAUUAAUGACCACUUGCUCUCAGUGUCUGGCUUUUUGGAAUUUUGGAAGUUCCCUGCUGAAACUCAUUUAAGACACAGUUAAGCACAAUGAAACACAAUUAAGCACAGAUUCUGAGUAUAGGACACACUUGGCCCAAAAAAAAA